AUCCACUUCCCAUCAGCUCUCCACAAUGAUGGGGAUAGUGGGGGAUGGUGAUAGAGAGAGAAACUGAUGAAGGCAAGGCUAAAGACUGUAUAUGUAGAGAAAAGAGAGAGAGGGAGGGGGAAGGGAGUCACAGCAGUGGAGUAGGCAUUGGCAAAGCCCUCACAGUGGAUCGAGCCAGUAGAGCAGUCAUUGUUACAGCGCAACACAGGGAGCUUCCAUCAGAACAAGAAACACCCCCCUUACACAGACGCGCACACAUACGGAGACACAGCAAGGUACAAGGCAGGCAAGGACUGUCAGAUGAGCUCAUUCUAAGCGUGAGACUGAAAGGAGAGAGUGAGAAGUUGAGGGGAAACACCUGCUGUCUACUUCACUGUGUGUCUUGUGUUUUAAUGAGAGAAGCCAUGCCUGUCCUCUCACCCAACACAGGCCUACAUGAGAUGCUAGCAUUACUCACGUCUCACCUGCACCCUGGAGCAAAUCACAAAGAGGACCUGGUGUUUCUCCGAGAGGUUUUCAGUGAAAGGAGCCUUGGCUACCUAAUGAGAAUUCAUGAGCGCCUCAGGCAGUACGAACAGCAGAGUCCAACGCCUGUGCUCCACAGUGCUGCCUGCUUGGCAGAGGAUGUGGCUGAGGAGCUGCAGAAUGGGCCACUAGAAGGAGAUGAGAAGGAGCUGCUUAUGCUUCUGACUACUCCACAUGUGAAGGCUGUACUAACAGUACACGACACAGUAGCGCAGAAGAACUUUGAUCCCGUGCUGCCUCCAUUGCCUGAUGAUCUAGAUGAUGAGCUGGAGGAGGAGUCAGUCAAGAUUGUUCGUCUAGUGAAGAGCAAGGAGCCUCUAGGGGCGACCAUCCGCAGGGACGAGGUCACUGGAGCAGUGGUGGUCGCUAGGAUAAUGAGGGGCGGGGCCGCUGACCGUAGUGGGCUGGUGCAUGUGGGAGAUGAGCUCAGGGAAGUCAAUGGAAAUCUCAUCACCCACAAGAGGCCUGAUGAGAUCAGUCAAAUUUUGUCUCAGUCUCAGGGCUCCAUCACUUUGAAGAUAAUCCCUGCCAUUAAGGAGGAGGACAAACACAAGGAGAGUACGGUCUAUUUAAGGGCCCUAUUUGACUACAGCCCAUUUGAAGACAAGGCCACACCCUGCCAAGAGGCAGGACUUCCUUUCCUGCAAGGUGACAUCUUGCAGGUGGUGAGUCAGGACGACCCUACAUGGUGGCAGGCCAAACGUGUGGGUGAUAGCAACCUGCGUGCUGGCCUUAUCCCGUCAAAACACUUCCAGCAGAGGCGUCUGGCACAUAGACUGAAAACUGGCACUUACCAGAGUCCUAAGUCACCAAGUGCACAACCCUAUGACCAGGCUUGCAAUAAAGAGGACUGUGACUGUGAGGGCAGUGAACAGAACAUAGUUUCUCCAAAGUGUAAGGCGGUGGCACCCACCUGUGGUCAGGCCUUUUCCUGGGAGUUCUAUUCAGCAAGUCUUAGGAGAAGUUUCCGAUUAAGUCGUAAGGAUCGACACAGCUCUCCAGAAGACUCUCAGCCUGCGGAGUCCGGAGAAUCCAAUUUUCUUGUCUAUGAAGAGGUCACACGCUAUCAGCAGAAGCCUUCAGACAAACCCAGACUGGUGGUGUUAAUCGGGUCUCUGGGUGCCCGAAUCAAUGAACUGAAACAAAGAGUGAUUGCUGAGAACCCACAUCAAUAUGGAAUAGCUGUACCACACACCACUCGGCCCAGGAAGAGCCAUGAAAAAGAGGGUGUUGAAUACCACUUCAUCUCAAAGCAGGCCUUUGAGGCAGACAUUCAGAGUAACAAGUUUAUUGAGUAUGGAGAAUAUAAAGAUAACCAAUAUGGGACAAGUUUGGAGUCUGUUCGGAGUGUAUUGGGCAGAAACAAAAUAUGUUUGGUAGAUGUUCAACCUGAGGCUCUAAAAAGCCUUCGCACAGCUGAGUUUAAGCCCUAUGUGAUAUUUGUCAAGCCAUUCAUCCCUGAGAGCCACCACCACUGCAGCAGAGCCACAUCGCCAUCAGGAGGUGACAAUGGCCACGUCACGGAGGAAGAGCUACAGGAGAUGCGUCAUUCAGCCGAGCAGCUGGAGCAGCAGUACGGCCACCUGGUGGAUAGGGUCCUAGUGAAAGAAGACUCCACCAGCGCUAGUGCAGAGCUCAGGAGCAUCCUCGAGCAACUGGAGAGGGAGCCGCAAUGGGUUCCAGUCAGCUGGGUCCGAACAUGAAUCCUGUAUCAGUCUGUAACAGGGUGCUCAUAAACCUGACAGACUCUGUGUCAACCAUAUACUAUUUUGUAGCUGUGCUAAUAGAGCCUCAAGUCUUGCAUGAAUUAACGUCUGAACAAAUUGCAUCUGUCAAGCAGGGCUCAGGCUCAACAGUGCAAAUUAAAACAUGAGCAUCCAUCCAAACAGAAAUUUCAUGUACAGGAAAACUGUUACUUAUUUAAACUCUGGGGUCAACAGUAGGUGUCGGUACAGCUGGGGCAUCAGAUACUGUAAGACAAAUAAGAGUUUACUUGUUGUGCUCCUUAAUUAUUUGAUGAAAUGAGGAAUGAUUUGUUUAUUGGUUAUUAUUGAUUUUUGGUUCUAUCUCAAGUGGAGGCUGAAUAAGCAAAUGGUUGCUGAUACAACACAACAACAAGUUAACAACCCAACAAGUUUAUAUAUAUAUAUAUAUAUAUAUAUAUAUAUAUAUAUAUAUAUAUAUAUAUAUACAUAGUGUGGGUGACAUGCUGGCUCAGUGGGUACAGUUGUCCCAUCACAGCUCCAGGGUCUCCUGAGUUUCUGGGCAUGUUCUUCUCAUGUCUGUGUGGGUUUCUUCCACGCUCUCUGGUUUCCUCCCACUGUCCAUAAACAUGCCACAUGUCAGAUUGUCAGUAGGUGGAAUGGGUUCAUUAAAUUGACCCAGAAGUGAAUGAGUGCCCAGCUUUCCUGGGACAGUCAUCGCAACCCUGACUAGGUUAAAGUGAUUACUAACAGUGAAUGAAUGAAUAAAUAAAUGAAUGUUAUGAAUGAUUGAAUGGAUUCACUAGCAGAUGUAGAUCAAGAAAAGACGCAAGGCUGAAGACCUGACAAAAGACCUGAAGGCUUUUAAUACACUAUAUUGAUGCAAAAAUACCACAGGCAGGAAAAUUCUUGUUUUUAUUAUUAUUAUUAUUACUUUAUUUAGUCCCACUCUCCCCAUCGUGUUGUACCAAUUUACCUAUAGAACCACCUGAAUGAAGAAAGGGAGGGUGGGAUGCUUCCCGGGUUUCAAAACCUACAUUUUCUUAUGUAGUUUUGUUGACUUCACACAACAUUUUUUCCCCCAACUAGUAGCGCCUAAUGGGCUGAGCAAUCAGAGUGGAGCUGUAGGACAGGAACAGAGACAGUUCAACUAAUAGUUAGCCUUCGUUAGCUGUUAAACAACACGAUCUUGACUUUUAAUAGUAUAUUAUUCCUUCUGAAAAGGAAAUGGGAGUCUAAUAGAAAAGGGUGGAAGUUAAACUCAAAGUGAUGGUUAGCUUGAACAACUUUCUUCUUGUUAUUAGCUAAUUAAGUUAAUAGGCCUGCCAUUGUUUUUGAUAGGACAUGUGCAUAAACAUACACAUUAUAGUCCUUAUACUGAACUAAAAUUGAUUUGAGGGCAUUUUUGUUUUCAGUAAACACGACCAUUACGUGCUCCUAUUAAAAUAAUAUGUAAUAUGACCUAAAUAGUCUAAUUACACCGUGGAGAGUCUUAAGUGUUCUCUAUGUAAAGUUUAGAAAAUGACUCCUAGAUAUGAGAGCUCAAUGCCAACAGGUUCACAUGAUGUAGCCAUGAGAAACGUGUGAUGUUUACUUCAUAUUCUGCAUUCUGUCUAUAUGUGGUGACUUUAUAUGUAUAUAUAUAUAUAUAUAUAUAUAUAUAUAUAUAUAUAUAUAUAUAUAUAUAUAUAUAUAUAUAUAUAUAUAUAUAUCCCAGCGUUACAUAACAUUACAUCAUAUUAUAUGCAUAUUUGCAACUCAUUGUGGGAGUGUUGUUAGGUAAAUAAGAUCGAUGUUUAUUACCCUUUGGUCAUUAAUGUUUAUGAAUCCUAUAGUCUGUAAAAACUAUAACCAUGACUGAUGUGUCGGCUAGAUUAUCUUAAAUUGCCAAAAUAUUAUAGGAUAUCAAUAUUAAAAUUUAAACAUGAUAUCCAACCAAAUCUUAUUACUCAGGAAUGAGGCAUGUUAAAACCUUGGGGUCAUGUAAUAAAAGUAUGUUAUGGCCUUAUAACCCUUAGAAUGUUUUAAUAUAAAUAUAACUUGUGACUGGGUCCUCCUUUCAUCUGAGCAAGUGUGCUAAUACAUAGUUAUGGGCAUGAUAUUGGAAAUCUUUUAUUUUUAUAUUAACGUGUAAGAAGAUGAGAACGCUAAUAAAGUGUGAAUUUUAGAAAUUA